CAGGCACGUAAAAAGAGGAUUUUUUCCUCAAACGAUAUUGUAUGUGGAUAUCGCUUUGCUAAAAAGAUUCACAAAGAAAGACUGAGAGAUGUGUGGACAUCCGAAGUUAACUCUUACUUAGACGGAGUGAGUUUCUAUUACAAAAGAAACCCUGCAGGCCAGGCAAUAGCCCUGCAAGGCCAAAUGUGGAGGACAAAAAAGGAGGGUCUGGCUGAGGGGUGCACGGUCAAGGGGAAGAAAGAGGGAAGUGGAGGAAGAGUUCUUGAGCUUUUUCUGGCUAUUAGCUUCAACAAAGUGGUUAUAGCUUGCCAUCCUUAUGAACACCUAGUUUCUUUAGGAAAGCCAACAAAGGGCCCUUCCACCUUUGGCUUCGAGAUGGUGAUCUGA